UGACGUCACGUCAUUCCGCGAAAUUAUUUCCAGACGCGAUCAACAAAUGGAGUCUGAUGUGAAAAAUGGACGGAUCAUUAAAUACCUUACUAUAUGUCUUUUAUCAGCAGCAGUUGUAGGAGUGACGGUCUAUAUUUAUAACUGGGGUCGAAAACGGAAGUCCGACGAAACAGACAAUAAGGUUGACAGUUGCAGCAUCAGUGAUCGAAGUGUAGAUGAAACGGUAGAUGACAUUUCAUCGAUAACAGAGAGUGUAUGUGACGAUGAAGACAUUUCUACUGUCGUCCCUGAAUUUCAAUUUACCAGGAAGGAAGAAACAGAAUCAACAGAAUCGGACCAUUACCUUUCGGCCUCAUCAAUCCUUUCCAGUUCAACCAGCUCUAUUGAAACUUUCGCGUCAGAGAUAUCGCUGACAGAAUCAACAUCAUCUACAAUAGACACAGGCUACUGCAGUAAAAGAACAAUAUGUGGGGUAGAACUUGAAGAUGAUACCUACUCAAACGAUUUAACACCACAGACAUUUGAAGCUCAACUUAACUCGCCUGUUAUAGUUCCCCAUGCUCGAACUGGGUUCUCGUCCUCAUCGUUUAACACAGAUUGUCAAGAUAUGGAAAGGAAGGCCAUAGCUAAUCCUGUCUCUGAAUAUUCGGACUCGCUAAAGACGAUGCAGCGGAAUAUGGACCAAUAUAAGACAAUAAUUAAACCAAAUAGCCCAUCUACUGUUCAAUAUAUUAUGUAA